AUGCAACCGGAUCCAGAAAUCUAUCGGCAGCAGUUUUGUCGGCGCUUAACCGAAAUGCACCAUGAACCGGAUCUGCACCCAGCCGAUUUUGUUAUUCGUUCUAGCGAAGGCACAGACUUCCCUGUCCAUCGUUGUAUUCUGGCAACCCAUUCGCCGGUCUUUGCCGCCAUGUUGGCGCACGAUUCCACGGAGAAGAAACAAGCACUGUGCGAACUGGAUGAUAUUGAUGGGGAAAGUGUGGACAUCCUGUGUGAUUACGUGUACGGUUGCGAAUUGGGAAAAGUCAACCGCGAUAAUGCGGAAAAGAUCUUGAUUACGGCGGAUAAGUACGAUGUUGCGGAUUUGCGUGCGUUCUGUGAACGGCUGCUAGCCAGCACUCUCACUGUCGAGAAGGCAGCCAGGUAUCUUGCUCUCGCCGAGCAGCGUGGAUUGGGCACACUGAUGGAGGAAGCGCUGUUCCUGCUUAAGACACACCGUACACGGAAAUACACAACAGGAAAUCAUGAAGUGCCGGCCAACGCCUGCCACUGCGGUCCAAAUACAUCUAAAGAAGACGGCAGAACUCUAACUCUUGCGCCGACGGGGGCUGGAUUUUUGGCGGUGGCCAUAGGCAGUGGUGCUCUAGCAAUUUUCUGUGCAAAGAUUAGCAGAAUUUUUUAA